AUUGCAUAUACCGACGUAAUUCUUGCUUGUGAAUUCCAUAGGUUUCCUCUCUCACUCGAAAGUAAAAAAUCUAUGAAGUUUAUGACAUCUGCAGCCCUAUUACGCUGUCAUUCUAUCCGAAAAUAUUUCCGAGAGAAAACAAAAAGAACUUCUCAUAAUAAAUUGGAAACAAGGAGGUAGCGACUCAAAAUGCACAUUGAAGAAAUCUCAGAUGAGGUUGCGGAACGCCUCAAGCUCUCUCAGGCUGAGGGCGAAAAAUCACAGCUGCAAGAGCAAGAAACUGCACAAUCACCAUCACAAGAUGCCUCAAUACCCACACCAGCUGCUGUAUUUCCAGAGCCGGAGCCCGUCAAUAAGAAGUCUAUAGACGAGAUUGUCGCGGACCUGAAGAAGACACCCUUUUUCAUGACGGAGCUGGAAGAGAACGACCAAACCGAGGCAUUCAAGGCGCUUGCGUAUGAGGGUACUCCUUUGGAGAACGGCUCCGAUUUCAAGGAGCGCGGCAACGAGUGUUUCCGCGAGAAGCGUUGGGCCGACGCCAAAGAAUUCUAUACGAAAGGCGUGCUAAUACUUGCGACCGAGGAGCGCAAGCGUGCCAGGGGUGAGCACGAUCCCGAGGUAAAGGAGGAAGAGGUCAAGGAGCAAAAACGAGUACUAGAGUCCCUAUACAUCAACCGCGCGGCUUGCCAUCUGGAGCUGAAAAACUACCGCAGCUGCUGGCUAGAUUGCGCCGCGGCCCUGCGUCUCAACGACACGAACCUCAAGGCGUACUAUCGGUCGGCCAGGGCAUUCCUAGCCGUGGGCCGCAUCGCCGAAGCAGACGACGCGUGCGCGCGGGGCCUAGCGCUCGACGAGAACAACGGCCCGCUGAAAGCAGUGGCGCGCGACAUCGUCAAGAAGCACGAGGAAGCGACGGCGAAGCAGAGGAAAGAAAGCGAGAGGCUGGCGAGGGAGAAGCGGCGGGAAAUGCUCGUCAGGGCGGCCCUCAAGAGCCGCGAGAUCAAAACGCGGACGACGGCCCGGCCGCCCGAGAUGGAGGACGCGGGCGUCAGACUGGUGCCGGACCCGGACGAUCCGCGCAGCGCCCUUAGCUUCCCGACGGUGCUGCUGUAUCCGGCGCACCUCGAGUCCGACUUCAUCAAGGCGUUCGAGGAGACGGCGACGCUGGCGGAGCAUCUGGGGUACGUGUUUCCGCUGCCGUGGGACGCGGCGCGCGAGUAUACGCCCGACGGCGUCGAGUGCUACAUGGAGACGGCGGCCGGCGGGCUGGUCAAGGUCGGCAAGAAAGUGCCGCUGCUGAAGAUGCUGGCGGGGGGCAAGGUCGAGGUCGUGGAUGAGGUGGUGAGGGUCUUUGUGCUGCCCAAGGCUCGGGCGGCGGGGUGGGUGGUGGAUUUUAAGGAGAAGAGGAGGGCGGAGAGGGGUGGGGGGUAGGGGGUUUGUAGGAGGUGUUUGUUGGGAUGAGGAGAUGGGUAGAUGGGAGGGGAAUAUAAUAAAAGGGGAUCUCUGUUCAAGCGUCUACCUACCUUAGGUAGUUAAAGUGUUGUUCGAGAUUGUCUGUAUAUCUGUACUGAUAUCCCCGUAUAGGAGUAGUACUACCAGGACUCAUUCAAAGUAUUGUCUUGUCUUUUGCUCUUUCGCAUUUGACUAAACACAUCACAGGAUAAUCCAUAGAUAGGUUAGGUUACGUAGGUACCUAGGUAGGUAAAACGAUCGCUUGUCUAGAUACACUGUAGAACGCCGCCGCCGCCGCCGCCGCCAUGCUCCAUUUUGGCCGCCAAUACUCCAGGUCCUUCCCCCAAUGUUAGCCCAUCCGAUUUGACGCGUCUAUCCCAGAAAACGAAGUUGUCUAGCCGCC